UUUUGUGUUUGGUAAUUUUUCCUUUCCCAAACACGCCUUUAUUUCUCACUCUCUCCCAGUCCCACCUUCUGCUAGCUUAGCAGGCCUUGUUUGUUUAUCGUCAUUCUAAGAGGGCUUCUUGUGUUAUCCUCUCCAUCGAUCUGCCAUGAAUAUGGCUUCUUUACUGUCUGCAUUGCUCUUGUUGGCCAUGGCUGCUCACUCAAGUGCAACAUGGUGCAUUUGCAAGGUAGGGAUGAGUGAUAGUGAGUUACAAAAGACACUGGACUAUGCAUGUGGGAAUGGGGCAGAUUGCAACCCCAUUCACCAGAAUGGGCCAUGUUAUAACCCCAACACUGUAAGAGCUCAUUGCAAUUAUGCUGUCAAUAGCUUUUUCCAGAAGAAGGGCCAAGCUGCAGGCACUUGUGACUUCUCUAGCACUGCCUCCAUAACCACAACUGACCCCAGUAUAACUGGUUGUGCUUUUCCCUCCAGUGCAAGUGGAAGCACAACACCAGUAAGCACAACCCCUACUACCACACCUUCAACAACCACAGGCAAUGCUUCUCCAAAUCCAAUCAUCACUACUCCCACUACAGGCGGCGGUGCUAUAGGAGGCGGUUUCAACAAUGGUUUAGGCCCAUCGGGUGGUGUUGGCACCUACAACGAUAUGAGUCAUGCUGGGAUUUCAAUAAUGCUAAGGAAAAAUAAUGCCAUUUUCCCCUCCAUCACCCUCCUCCUGAUCUCAGCACUAGCACCAUUAAUGUGGCUUCAACAAGAGCAGUAGUAGAUCUUUAGAUGAAUUGGGCCAACUGCAUGCCAACAUUAUUGGAUGGAUGGGUAUCUGAAAAUUAUUGGUGUUGAAAAUUUUAUUGUGUGCAGUAGUGGCGGGGAAUCAGGCAGUACAUGUGCUAGCCACUUCAGUUACUCUUUAAGGAAUAUCUUUGGACAGCCAUGCAUUUUUGUUUUUGUUUUUGUCUUUCUCUAUCUCUCUCUCUCUCUCAAAGAUCACGGGCUUUGUUCCUUCUUACAUGGAUUCUUCCAUUGUUAUUUCAUGGAUCAGGUUCAUCUUA